AUGACAGGCAAGAAGAAACACUCUAGUAGCGUGUUUCGAAUAGUCAGAGGGUUCGGCGCAGCGCUGCUGCUCGUUCUCGUCUUAAAGCCCAUCGUGCCGUGCCUGUGGUCGCGCGAGCCCGGCAUCUGUCCAAUCCUCGAGGUCCCGUCCCUCGCGCGGCGAGAGAUCAAGGAGGCCGCUGAGGCCGGGAAACUGGAGUCACGAGUUUCAGUCUCGGAAAGCGCGAGCAGUGUUUCGGAAACGGUUAAGAGCGAUGCAGGGAAGAUGGAGGAGCAGCAGGUGGCUGAUGCAGCAGCAGCGGAGAAUGGCAGGGAGUUAGCUGCUGCUAAGCUCGCCUUAUCCGCUGAGCUAGAUUCACCUAUUAACGCGGAUAAUUUAUCGUCGCAAAGGAGAAGCUCGGGUGUAGAGGAGGCAGAGGAGGAGGAGUCGAUGACGUCAGCGGUCGAGUCGAUGUCGGAAGACGACAAGGAGCGCGAUGUGAAGUCGCUGUGGCGCUGCCAGGGCGGAUCCGGCGCCGUCGACUGCGCUGAACCGCAGGCGCUCUUGCUGGCCGAGGGCGCGCUGGCACAGCGCGUGCACGCGGUGUGCGCGGCGUACGCGCUGACGGCUCUCACCGGCGCGCCCACGCUCGCCGUGUGGCCCGCCGACCGCCACCUGCCCGCCACCACCUUCCGCCACCUCUUCCGCCCCGCCAGCAGCAUGGCCACCCCCCCGGGGGACGUGGCGGACAGCGCGGUGAGCGGAGAGGCGCGCGACGUGUGGGUGCACGACGUGCGCAUGCCCAGCGGCGACCUCACGGCGAGGUUGCACACGUCGCAACAGGUGAUGCUCAAGGAGUGCCCACGAGGCAGCAGGAGAAAGACCAAGCGCACCCCUCUGCCCUUCCGCCGCUACCUCUCCCCCUCAGCUCAGUCCCAGGCUUCCGGUGCACUGAAUCUGGACGGGUGCGCGUACGACAAGCACGUGGACGCGUGUUUGGGGCGCCUGCGUCCGUCCACGGCGGUGGGCGCGCUGGUGAUGCAGGAAGACCUGGAUGCGCUCAAGCUCUCCAAAGCCAUCUAUGUGUCGGUGAGCCCGCAUGCCAGGAGUGCAUGGCAUGGCACUCUAUCGCGUACAGUGCAUGGGUGUGCGGCCCUCCACGGCUGCCCCCCUGCUCGCCAACCCAUCAGCCCCACUAUGCGCCAUGCGCCGCGUCACCAUGGCCUUCCCCCCUUUCCCCCCUUCCACUACCAGAAGCCCCCUGCUGGUGCCCCCUGCUCCGGCUGUCCCCGUAUGGCCAACUCGUCCGCCCCGCUGUGCGCCAUGCGCCGCAUCACCAUGGCUUUUCUGCACGACCCCCACGUGGCCUUCGCCCUCGCCGCCCGCGCCGCCCCCGACGUCACCGCUGUUGGGGACUUCUUCAGCGAGCUGCGCCGCCCGCUCGUGCUCAAGGCCAGCCAAUCGCGGCUCGACACGUGUCAGGAGGGGGGGAGGAGGGAGUUGGCGGAGGGGAAGGGGGUGCUGGGGAGUGAAGUGGGCGGGACCAGCAUCAAGUGCGCUCAGCUGCAGGCAGCGGAGCUGUUUGCUUUGAGCUUCGCGAGGGCGCUGGUGCCGAUCCACCGGUGGGCCAUCGAGCCGCGCUUCAUCCUCGCCCAGGGCGCCCGCCGCUCCCCCGCCUUCCAGGUGCUGCCGUCCAUCUGCGAGACGGAGAGGUUGCCGCCCAUCAUUCGACACCGGUGGUCGUGGUUCACACAGGUGGAAGAGAAGCUCAAGCUAGUGGUGUGCACGAUGCCCAAGGUGGCGGCCAACUCGUGGCUCAUGUGGCUGCGCGCCAAGCUGGGGCAGCCCAACCCGAAUGACCCCAUCCUCGCCCUCGACGUGGACAAGGCCGGCUGGCACCUGCUGGGGAGGCACUUCACAGAGAAGGAAGCGGUUCGUCUGGUGACGCGCCCGGACUUCUUCCGCUUCACCUUUGUGCGCAACCCCUUCUCGCGCGCCCUCUCCGCCUACUCCAACAAGCUCGUCGUGACAGACACCCCCAACAACAAGACGGGCCCGGGCUCCAGAGAAUACUGGAAUGAGCGUUUCUUCCGGUUUGUGCGGCCGCAGUUUGAGCUGCUCAAGGGCGAGGACGACCUCGUGUCGUUCCCCGACUUCAUGCGCCUCGUUGCCCUCAUGAAGAAGAACUUCCGCUGGAAGAUGGACCGCCACAUCGCCCCGCAGGUGGACGUGUGCUUUAUGCAGAUGAUCAAGUACGACUUUGUGGGGCGGUUUGAGAGUCUGGAGGAGGAUGCCAAGUAUGUGGUGAACCGAUUCGGAGGCGACCAUCUCGACAUCUUCAACUUCGGCGUCAACGCGCACCAGACCCGCGCCGACACAAAGCUUGUCAAGAAGUACACAAAGGACGCAUAUGAGCUUGUGAAGGAGGUCUAUGCUCAAGACUUCUUCAUCCCUCUCAAUAAUAUCACACAAACGGCACCUCCUGUUCUAUCUCAGAUCUUUGAGGGUUGA